AUUUCACUUUAUUUUCAGCUGUAACAGACAAGUGACGUGUUUUGCUUUGUUUACAGAAAAAACAAAAUUUACUUUGAGAAUUUUUCAAUUAAUUUUAAUACUAUUUUUUUGGAAAUUUGAUAAAAAUAAUGAUAAUUGGUGCUAAUUAAUACAAGAGUUAAAAGAAUCAAGUGCUAAAUUAUGAAGGUCAUUGAGUUGGACGACGUGGAGAUAAAUUAUCAAAGACAUUGUCAAUAGUUUCUAUAUUUAUUAUCAUUGCAAGAGAAAAAAAUAAAUUUGUAAAACUAGAAACGUGUUUGGGAGAAACGAAUAAACUACAACAACAACGCUAACCAAGGCAAAUAAGCAAACAUUCAAAUAUUUUAGAGGCUUAAUUAAUCGAAUCAAAAUGGAUCAGGACGAAGGUCAUAUGCAAGGGGAGGAGCAACUAGAACAAGAGAAUUUACUGGAACAUAAUGCUGGAAUAGUACCUCAACAGCAUCAGUAUGAACCAUUACAAAACCUAGCAUUAGAGGAAAUAGGUGCGAACGUGGAAUAUGUUGGAAUGGAUAUCGUUGAUGACAGUUCAAAUGAGAGUGACGAUGAGGACGGCAAUAAUGUUGCUGACGAUGAUGACGACGACGACGAUGAUGAUGAGGAAGAUGAUAUUAGUAAUUAUGAUGAAUUAGAAGAAAUAAUGGAUCAAGAAAGUUGUUCAUCGGAUGAUUAUGACAUAUCAGAUAUGGAUCCAGAGUAUACUGUCCGCAAUUUUAGGCGUAUGCAUAAAAUGUUUAUGAAACGACAACAAGAACUGAAAAAACCUGCAUAUUCUUUUCAACCAUUACGACUUACACAAUGCCUUUAUAAAAGUCGGCACGAUUCAUGGGCGUAUCCGAUAGCACGCAGUGGACAUCGUAUAAUUGCUUCUGAAUCUCAUCUUUAUUCGUUGGGCGGUUAUAAUCCAAAGACAAGAACAAAUGCCAUGCGUCGCGGUGCAUGCAUGUUAUUUCAAGAAUUGUGGGCUUAUAACUUUGCUACAAACCGUUGGAAGCUUCUACAAAAUGGCGAUAAUUGUGAUAUGCCAAGAGAACUGGCUUCAAAUGCUCUUGCCAUCUAUAAUAAUGUUUUGAUUUCACAUGGGGGUACUGGAUACCCAUUCGGAGAAACAUGCUCAAAUGACUGCUAUGUUUAUACAACUGGAGAAAAUCCACAGGUUAUGCUUCUAAAAGUAACUGGUGAUUUACCUGCUGCCCAGUAUGGCCCAGGAAUAGUGAUACAUAAGGAUUUUCUCUAUACAAUUGGUGGAACAACAGGUUUCGACUAUUCGUGUGAUGUCUAUCGUCUUAACUUAAUAACUAAAGUCUGGGAAAAUGUUUAUAUAUGCCGACCCGAAAUGCGGGAUGAUCCUGAGGGUCGGUAUAGACAUGAAGUUGUUUACGAUGGUUGUCAUAUUUACGUGUUAGGUGGUGGGACUGCGCACACUGUUUAUGAUUUGCAACGUAUACCUGCUUUUAAUUUGGAAACCAAUCGUUGGGAUUAUUUUGAAACAUUGCCAGAUCGGAGUGCUUCAACAUCGGACGAUCCGGGCUAUCCAAAGGCUCGGAAGUGUCUCUCCUGCGUACAACAUACAUUAUCAAAUGGAGAUAUAGAGGCUUUCAUUACUGGCGGCUUACAGGGAGAUUUCACUACAUACUUUAAUGACAUAUGGAAACUAAACCUUCGUACUAAACAAUGGUAUAAAAUACAUAGCGCCUCCCUUCCACGUCCACUUUAUUUCCAUUCCGCAGCACAUGCUGGGAAUGGUUGUAUGUACAUUUUUGGCGGAAUAGAAUACAGCGAGAAAGACAUGUGUCGUCGUAAUGAUCUCUUUAAAAUGUGGAUGACUAUACCAAAGCUUAGUGAAAUUUGUUGGGAUGCCAUUACUUAUUACAACUCUAAUCUACAUUAUUUCGAUCGCAGUACUUUACUUCGUGCAGGCAUACCAGACCGUUUAUUAAAUCGUUUGCCACCUUUUCAACAACGAAUGCGAAAACAUAUGUCGGAUGAGUCGGAUGAACCAUCGCCAUCCUCAUUAAUUAGUGCUAUAUCUAAAAGAAUGCGUUCUCACAUUGAGUAGAUUUUUCACCGUCGUGAAUCGAUUAGUAUUUUUAAUUUUGUUUGAAGUUAUUUAUGGGUCGUUUGCCAUCUGUUUUAUAAUAAAUUACUAUUACUAUUUUUUUAAUAAUUUACAUACAAAUUAAA